CAUGUCAAAGUCGUAGUUACCUAACCAAGUUCAAAUGAAGGUUUAGUUCAUUUUAUUUCUGUCAAAUUGCGAAACUGCGUUCAAAUAAAAGUAUACUUGUAUUGCUUAAUAAGUAGAAACUUCUGAUUAAAAAAAACAGAACUUAUUGGUUUUAAUUCACAGCUUUCUGUUUGGAAAUUCAUUUGAAAAAAUAAUUUGGAGUCACAAUUUUGGUUGUAUAAAGUUAAUUUUAUUUUUUGAAUAAAUAAUUAUUACAAACAACAUUGAAAAAUGUUGUCGCGGAACAGAAGAAGAAACUUUUAUUUCCGAUUUUAUAUUUCUAUUUGUUUCUUCAUUACUGGCUAUUUCGUUUACCUCAGAUCAAGUUCAAAUCCUGAAUCCAACUUCCAGAAAUUUACCCAAGUCGAACCACCAAAGCGACAACUGUUUAGCUUGGGUUCUUUCAACGAAUAUGACAUAGUCGAGGCUGAAAAAUUUCAUGACCACGGCGAGCUUGAAAAAACUUCAGGGCAAACUAAGAUAAUAAUUUUAUCUUACAUGCGAUCGGGUUCUACACUUUUGGGGAAAAUUUUAAGUUCGAUCGAAAAUAGUUUUUAUAUUUACGAGCCUUACAGACUAAUCCAGCGGUUUAUGGAAGAUAACGGGCCUGUUACUUAUGCCACAUUGAAGAAAAAAGAUUUCUUCAAAAUUCAAAAAGAAUGGACUAAGAAAAUUUUGGAGUGCAAAUUGAAUGAAACUAUUUUCAACAGAACUUUCGUCGAAAGUUUGAAGCGACAACGUUUGACCAAAGAAUAUUCGGAUAUGCUUCAUCAAUCUUUGUUUCAACAUAAUUGGGAUGCAUACUUGAAAUACAAUUCUUUAAUCGAACUUGAAGAAUCGAGAUGCAAAAAUUCAACUUAUUUGGUGCUGAAAACUAUUCGAAUUCAUAGUUUGGAAUCACUUUGGCCGACAACCGAAGAAGUGGCCGACCUGAAGUUUGUUCACUUACUUCGGGAUCCGAGAGCAGUUCAUAAUUCGCGACUUCGUUUGAAACGAAACGCGGGCCCGCGUUGGGUCUGUGAAUGGCCAGCGAGUAAUUUGGAAUUCAUUCAACGAAUCUCAGAAAAGGACGUUUACUUGUUCACACGUUAUUACGAAUUCGUGUAUGAAGAAUUUGCUCAAAACCCUCUGAAAAAAGUGAACCAUUUGUUUCAAUUGUUUUUGAACAUCAAAACAACGCCAAAAAUCAGAAGUGUAAUUCAAGAAUUAACGCAAACAGAGUCAAAAUUAUUUAAAAACUUCAUGCUCACAAAUCGAAAUAUUUCACAAGAAGUGGAUAAAUGGAAAAAAGAACUGAGUUUUAAUGAGAGAACUCUAAUCGAAGAUAGUCCAGUAUGUCAGAAUGUUAUGAAUUAUGUCGGAUAUAAAUGGCCGUUGGUUGGCUAUGCACUAGACACACAACAUAUCAGUUAGAUUUGGUAUUCGAUUUAAUACGUUCUGUCUUAAUCUUGACAAUCAUGAAUGUUUUUUUUUGUGUUACUUUUUUCAACAAGUCUGAUUGUUUGAUCCAUCUUAGUAGUAAUUUUUA